AUGCAGCGCAGCUCCUCACGAUCCAUUGACGACGAGUCGUUGUUUGUGCCGCCAAGCAAAUGCCGCUGCGAAAAGUGUCCGCUGCACCACAUAAGCAAACCGGUUCAGAGUGAACGCGACCGCAUCUUCUCGAACAAGCAGAGCGUGCUGAAAGCGAUCGAGAAUAGCAUCGACGAUGUGACCAGCGAUCUGGAACAACUGGUCAUGUUCCAAUCAGUGUCAGUGGAGCCGUCGAUGCUUUUGGAGAGCUGUAAGGCCAUUGAGUGGAUAUCGAGUCGCUUGGCCGAAUUGAAGUUCAAGACCUAUGAGUAUCCCAUACCGGACAAUCCGGCCAAUUGUUUUGUGGAUCCCCAUCAGAAGGUGGUCUUCGCCAAAUACUUCUCCUCGCCCACUAAGAAAACGCUGCUGAUCUAUGGCCACUUAGAUGUGCUUCCAGUCAAGGCCGAUUGCUGGCUGAGCGAUCCCUUCAGGUUGGUCGUCAAGGAUAAUAUGUUCUAUGGUCGGGGCGUCACUUCCGGCAAAGGCAUGCUUGUGGGCUGGCUGCAGGCCAUCGAAUGCUGGCUCAAAAUCCACGGGGAUCUGCCCCUCAAUAUCAAAUUCAUUGUGGACAUGCUACACGAGGUGGGCAGCACCGGUCUGCAGGACUACAUCACCUCGAGAAGUGAAUUCUUUCUGGAUGUCGACUACAUGGUAUUUGAUGUCAAUUCGUGGCUGAAUAAUGCGCAGCCCGUCGUCGCCUGCAGCCUCGCUGGUUGGGCGUACUUUGGCAUUGAGGUGCGCGGCGCCAACAAGAAUCUAGAGAGUGGCCUAGCCAGUGGGCUCGUCUUUGAGCCAAUGGUUGAUCUCUGUCAUUUUAUGAAUAACCUGGUCAACGCUGAACAUGAGAUUCAAAUACCCGGCAUCGAGAGCAAUGUGAAGCGCCUAACCACGCCUGAAUGGCAUCUCCUCGAAUCAGCCGAAUUUCGAACCUACGAAUACAGGGAAGAUCUCUUUGUGCGCCGACUCAGGUAUGAAGAUAACAAGGUCGAGCUUCUACAGAAUCGUUGGUGCAAGCCAACACUGAGCAUGCACGGGGUCGAGGGCGCGGACGUCCAUCCGGGAUGUCGUCAAAUUCUGCCCAUGAAAGUGAUGGGCAAGUUCUCCAUUAAACUGGUGCCCGACCAGGAAUUAUCGCAAGUGAUCGACAGCGUUAAAGAUUUUUUACUGAGCUUGAAAGCCGAACAAAAUGUGAACACCCUGCUCAAUGUGCAUUUGCUCGAUGGCAUCGACCCGUGUUCCUGGGCCCAGGACUCCAAACUAAUGAAAGUUGUCUGUCGCGCCCUCGAAUCUGUCUACGAAAGUGAGCCGAUUACCACGAGUGCCAUACCCAUCUGUCUGCCCAUUGCCAACGUGCUGCAAAAGCUGAUCAACAAGCCCGUCAUCCUGAUGCCCUACUCAAGGCGCACAGACAAGCAUCACAAUGAGAACGAGCGCAUUGAGAGCUUGAGCGUCAUGCGGCAUGCCAAAGCCUGUUCCACGCUGUUCGUCGAGCUGUCUUCGCUGCGCUCCAAAUGCAAGUGCAAUAUCAUCCAACAGUACUGUAAUCUGCGUGGCGUUCAGGAGAUAUUGGACGCCGGACGCAUCAGUGUUGACAAAAACGAAGGCGCCAACAGAUGGAAGUUCUUAAACAAAUUAAGAAACGCCGAGAGUGAUUCGCCCAAAUCGAAAUCCAGGAAUAGUUUCAAGAAAUUCUUAUCAUCGACCUUCGGCUGCGCGAAAAAACCGAAGAAGCGCUCGACCAAAUCGAAAUAA